CACUAUGAGCUUAUUGUUUCUGUGGGGAACAUAAUAAAGAACUUAAUUUUUUGAAAAAGGUUACAUCAAAAUACCGGUGACUAUAAAUAGAAUUAUGGAUCUAUGUGUGGCCUCUAAUAUCAAAGUGAAAGAAAAAAGGGAACGGCAGCCAAAUUGGACUGAAGCCGAAAAACAAUUGCUACUAUCUCUUACACGUAUUCAUCAAGUUAUUUUAGAAAAUAAAGGAAGUGAUACAAUGACAAUCAAAAGGAAAUCGGAGGCCUGGGAUGAUAUAGCUAUUAAUAUGAGAGCUGCUGGCUAUCAACGGUCGAAGGAUAGGCUAAAACAGCAAUUGGGUCGUAUACGUGCGGCUGAGGCAAAGAAAGUGAAAGACGCAAUAGCAAAGAGUUUUGCACAGGAUAAUAAAAAUCUAACGCUACAUGGUUGUUCAUCAGAACCAAUGGUUCAAGAUCAGGCAAUCAAUGUUCAAAAUUUUCAUGUUAUGCCACCACCAAUGCAAGAGGUUGCAAUAAAGAUUGAAAAGGCAAUUUCUUUAGAUGAUUUUGAAACAUCCGAUAAACAAAUAAAUAAAAAUGAGCAUGAAUAUUUUGGUAUAACUGAUCCGAUUUCAUCAUCAACGCCUAACAAUCAUCGAGUGAUUAAACGAAUGUAUGAAGAACCUCAAUUUCUUAAUGUAAAUUCCGCACUUAGGGUAGAAACUGGGACUGGUAAUUAUGAAACCCAACCGCCAAAUAUGUCAACAAGUCAAAAUAAUAAUUACAAAUGCAACUGUAAACCAAAAAAGUUACGACAUAUACGUCUUCGUAUUAACGGUCAUUCGCCGCGGACUCAUUCGCAACGGGUUCGGCAAUUGCAUUUGUAUCGAGUUGCAGUGGAAAGGGAAAGAUUGAAAAUUUUGCGAAUGCAGCAAAAACGUGAUCGCAUAUUUUACCGAAAAGACAAACAAAUACUAAACCUUAAACUACAAAUAUUACGUAACUUAGCCCUGAACAGGAUUAAUCAUAUUAAUUUCACCUAAUUAUAACAAUGAUAUGUACUUAAAUUAAUUUUGAGUAUUUGAACCAGAUAUAUUUCCAUAUUGAAUUUUUGAAUGUCUUAACACUGAUUUUGUUUUGUUUUUAAUUAGUUUUCAUACGCUGCAUACAUUUGUAGUAAUCACUUACUGUGUUCAUAUCUAAAAAAUAUUUCGAAAAUAAAGCUUCAAAUAGUUGAACUAAUUUCAAAUACU